GGAUCGAGUUCCCAAAAUGAGGAACAUAAAUUCUUCGCUAAUCACUUGUACUGAUCAGUUUAUAGAGGGACGGCUAGUUCACAGUUCAGUCAAUACUAGUUACACAGAAAGAUCGUCUCCACAACGCGCGGAAAUAAAACAUUUUGGAAGCUUAUUGCCUUUGGCAUCAAGAUGAAACUUUUGCUGUUGUUCGUUGCGUUCAUGAUCCCUCUUCUAACCUCCUCUGCCGCUUAUGGUGGAUUAUCCGGUGAAAUGCAAGUAGAAGAGAAGAUCAAGGGUCUUGUCAGUGUUGCUCAGCUUUCCGAAGGUGACAUCAUUCGCGGAAUCACAGGAAUUGACCAGACCCCUGACUGGUGCAGGGUAGAAGCCGCCAUUCCUUUGUCUCAGGACCAGACCACUUAUGAUGGGUUCACAGAAAACCACAUGGUCGUCGAUGACACUGUUCAUCCGUACGGUACCAAGGGAAAGCGGCGCACGGGACCAGUCUUUACACUUGUCACAGACUGCGACGCCGCCGUGAAUUCUGCCGGUCAGGCCUUCACACCCAUUAGUACCUUACUCUGUCCGCCUGAGCUGAGCUGGGACGAAUAUCUGUCCUUAAUUGCCGCAGUGCGACAGGCCAUGCUUCUCACCGACAACUUCUGGUAUAUCUUGAAUGCAUAUCGCGACAACGAGACUGCAGGGGAGCUGGACUGGUCCGACCUCGACGUCUGCACUGAACUUCUGCAGUGCACACGGGAAGGCCAAUCAAAGUGUAAGACGUUUGAGGAAGUAAUGGAAAGGUUCGUGCGAGAGCAUCUGAACAAGAAGCAUGCGAAGAACGUUGAGAAAGCUUUCAUCGACAUGAGCGACAAUGACGCUGAUGCCAUCACCGAAGUACAUGGUACAAGGCGAAGAAAUCGUAUGCUUCUUCUCUCCUCCAUAGGUACAGCCAUGGCGCUGAUGGGCUUGAUCCUGGCCGUCGGAUUAUUGAUGUACUACAGACGAAUAGCGAAGAAAAAGGCAGAUCAUUCCUUCACGAAAGCUGGGGAUACAAAGGCGUAAGAGAUGAUGGAGAAUGGUCUCAGCAAAGUCCAACUAUAUUGUUUUGUUGGCACCCAGUCAAGCAGCUUUUAAUUUUUAUUUUGCUCAGUAAUGCAUGGAAUCAGUUUCAUCAAAUAAUAAUUAAUUGAUUGAACUAUACAUCAAAACACAUCCUAGUAUUAUAGCGAAAUCUUCCUUAAUGCCCGUUUACACCAGUAUGUUAAACACGUUUAAAAGCGGUUAAACUAACUGACACGGUUAAAAAUUAGUUGCUCAUACCGUGCGAACCCAAUACCUUAACAAGCUCAGGGAAAACCUGUUUGAUUAAAAUAUGUUAGCAAGGUGGUUUGAAAUUUGUCUUGUCAAAAUGACUGCAAAGCGUAAUCGGGAAAUUAGGAAAACCUAAACCUGAUUGAUUUAAACUAGUUUAGUUGGUGUGAAUGGGGCAUUAAGGUCAUUCCCCAAUAUUGCAUUGCGCAUCCCUACUG